GAAAUGAAAACAACGUUUUGACAACAUAGCACUGCUCGGUCACCGGUGCGUGUAAGGCGGGAUUACGGCGAACUAAUUAUGUGUCUGCUAAUGACAGUUGGAUGUGCGUAUAGACUGUUGUGGCUGUGAUUGAAGAAAGCGACAUGACGACCAGAUUUACGCCCAAAUUCUGGAAACCAGGAACUGCUGGUCCAGGUCAGGGGUUACAGGAAGAGAGACAGUCAACCAAAGAUGCGGAAGCACAGCCUGUCAAAUAUAACCCCAACCAAUCAAUGUCUAUAGAACAACAGAGACAGAAGCUGCCAGUGUUUCAGCAUAGGAGUCAUAUCCUGUAUCUGGUGGAGAGGUACCAGACGGUGGUGAUCAUUGGGGAGACAGGCAGUGGGAAGAGUACUCAAAUACCUCAGUACUUGCUUGAGGCUGGGUGGGCUGCUGAGGGUCACGUGAUCGCUGUGACACAACCGAGACGAGUAGCGGCCAUAACGGUUGCGGACCGAAUUGCGGAGGAGAGAGGGACCCUCCUCGGUGACGAAGUCGGGUACAUGAUCCGGUUUGAUGAUUGCUCUGACCCCAACAACACACGCAUGUUGUUUCUCACAGAUGGGAUGCUGAUACGAGAAAUAAUGAAAGAUCCAUUACUAAGAAAAUACAGCAUCAUUAUGGUGGAUGAAGCACACGAGAGAAGCAUCAACACUGACAUCCUCCUGGGGCUGCUACGCAAGAUUCAAAAGAAGCGGAAUGAUCUUAAAGUGAUAGUUGCAUCAGCCACAUUGAAUGCUGAGGAAAUGAGAGAUUUCUUCAACAGCAAUGACACAAAAGAGCCACUGAAUGACACAGCUACCAUACUGACGGUGGAAGGCCGGGAGUUCCCUGUGGACAUCCACUACCUCCUGGAUCCCCACCCUGACUAUCUGAAAGCCACGGUGGAGACAGUGAUGAAGAUUCACUUCAACCAGCGGGAGGGAGAUGUCUUAGCUUUCCUAACAGGCCAGGAAGAAGUACAGAGAGUGGUGUCAAUGUUGAUCGAUGAAGCAAAGAAACUGAAGAAAGACGACCUGAAGAUGAAAGUGUUGCCGAUGCACGGGAGUUUGCCAGCUUCAGAACAGAUGAAGGUAUUUGAGAGGACAUCCCGUUAUGUCAGGAAGAUUGUCGUGGCGACCAACAUUGCCGAGACCUCCAUCACCAUCAACGGCAUAGUUUAUAUUGUCGACUGUGGUUUUGUGAAGAUCAAGGCCUACAAUCCCACUUCUGGAAUUGAGUCACUGGUGAUUGUCCCUGUGUCCCAGGCUUCAGCCAAUCAGAGAGCAGGGAGAGCGGGACGUGUGCGUGCAGGGAAGGCCUACAGACUGUACACAGAGACAGCCUAUGACGGCCUGCCGGAGUCGACAGUUGCCGAGAUGCAGCGGAGUGACCUUGCACCUGUGGUACUGCAGCUCAAGGCUCUCGGCAUCUCCAACGUCCUCCGGUUCCACUUCCUGUCAGCGCCGCCAGCACAAAACAUGCUACGAGGUCUGGAGCUGUUGUAUGCACUUGGAGCCCUGGAUGACAAUGGCAACUUGACGUCCCCCCUGGGCCUCCAGAUGGCCGAGUUCCCUCUGUCCCCCAUGUUUGCCAAGAUGCUGCUUGUGUCAGGAGAGUUUGAGUGUUCCGAGGAGGCCCUUACUGUGGCGGCCAUGACUCAGAUUCAGAACGUGUUUGUCACGCCGUCCGGACAGAAAAUAAGAAUGGACAAAGCCAAGAGAAGAUUCUCCUGUGAAGAAGGAGACCAUGUGUCACUUAUAAACAUCUUUAAUGCAUUCCUGAAGUAUGGUAAGAACUCUAAGUGGUGUCAUGAGUACUUCCUCAACUACAAGGGUCUGUGUCGGGCCGUGGAGAUUCGCAACCAACUUCACAGACUCCUGAAGAAGUACAACGUUCCUCUCAACUCCUGUGAAGACAAUGUUGAUGCAAUCAGAAGAUGCAUCACAGCCAGUUUCUUCUCCAAUGCUGCCAAGCUGCACUAUACUGGUGUUUACAAGACAGUGAGAGACGAACAUGUCCUUAACAUACAUCCAACAUCCGUCCUCUUUCCAGAAGCUCCUCCUCAGUGGGUGGUGUUUAAUGAGGUCGUGCAGACUUCUAAGGACUUCAUGCGUGACAUGACGGUCAUCAAACCAGAAUGGCUGUGUGAGCUGGCGCCACAUUUCUAUCAGCUCGGCACAGAGCGGGAGCUUGCAAGUAAGAAGCUGAAGACUGACACAGACGAGGAAGAUGAUUGAUGAAGCUCAGACUAGAUAACUGAGCCGGACAUGCCGACCAUCCUUCAGCUGUCAAGCUGGACGAGGAAACCCUGUCCACAUGUAUUAAUUAAUGCGUAGUCAAGCGUAGGGAGUGUAGACAAAGGGAAAUAACUCUGUUCUUUUGAAUGUUAAAAUGAGGAACAUGGUUUGUUAGCUUCACCAUAAUGCUAAAACGUGAUAAAAACAAGCUGAAGUUUAUACCACAGAAUUCUUAUUACAACUGGUUGGCAUGCCAAUUAUUGAUGACUUUCGUUUGAUGCUAGAACCUGUUAGGAAGGCUGUUCACUGUUCAACUUAGAACUGUCUGGUGUCAGGAGUUCUCAAUCACACAUUUCAAGCCAGUGUAUUCCCCAGUAUGAAGUAUCUCAGUGGAGACUCAUAGACUUAAUGCCAAGUCCUUAUUUAACAAACAAGACAUGAAUUUACCACAGGUAUGACAUCAUCAAUGAAAUGUUGCGUUACUGUAAAAUUGAAGAAGGGACAUAGAUGAUCAUGUUUUCGUAUCGCGGAUCCUCUCAGUUAUUAUCCUUGUUGUGGCAGCUCCAUGCUCAUUGGUUUAUUCUGCUUAGGGCUUUCCUCCCACAUUAAGCUGAAUGGCUGUGGUCGAACUGAAAAACUGUUCAAUGCAGUGUUAAACCCGCAUCACUCCCUCAUCCAGUUAAGACCUCAGUCACAGAUACUGCUGACUAUGUGUACGAGUUAUGACCUCAUUCAGUCAAAGGAGGAAUGAUAAAGGCCCUAUUUCAUCCCACUACAAAUUAUUGAAUUUCACUUGAUAUUAUGAAAUACUGGUAUGACAGUUAUUGGACAUUAUUGUGGUUAAAAUAAGUGGAAAAGCAGACUUUUUUUUAACUUCUACAGAAUAUGAGCAUGUCGUAAACAAAGCUGUCUUUUUACUACAAAAGGAAAGUCAUCAUAGGUCCAAGACUUCAAACUUCAAAUUUUAGGCUAAAAAAAGAAUAGUCUUGGUUCUCAGACACCGCCCACAUCAUCAUAAAGUCCAACGCACAUUUCAUUUAUAUUUCCUAUUUUUUUUAAAUUUAUAAAAUCUUUAAAUAUUCCGGGUCUCGAAUAUAUGACUCCGGAAGUGAAAUGCUACAAUACUUAAGAAGAACAUGAUUUCAACAACAAAAAUUGUAAACAAAAUUCAGUUACAUACUAGCUUCAACAACAACAACAAAAAUCAUCGCCCACCCGCACAAUAUUUUCAAAAGCCCUUGCCUGAGAACCAAUUCUUGAUUUUUUUUAAGCCUUUGUAAACACCUCCUGAAAACCUCGCCUUGAUGGACCCAUUUUAGUCUUGCCUAUAUAUAUAUAUAUAUAUGUCUUUUGUUUUAAUUCCAAAACAUGUAUGUGUUGAAGUGGACAAGAGUUACAUACAUUAAACACACCUGAUAUCUUUCUCAACAAUGUCUAAAAAUAUUUCCUAAAUUAUACAGAUCCUGUGUGCCAAAAAGGGCCUUUAUCCAUAUCUUGUCCUGUAACGAGAAUCUGUCCAAUACUUGUAAGUUUCUCAACUGCCUCAGGAAUGACCAUUGUACGUAUCAUUGUCAUUAACAGGAAAUAAACAAACCACAAGA